AUGAAAAGUUGUCGCCGUUUCUAUGCUUUUUUGACAUGUUUGAAGGCUGAGGAAGUAGGAAUUGGAAGUGUCUGCCAGGUGUGCAGGCAGCAAAGCUUCAAGCUUCUGUCUUGUCCUACCACUGGUACUCCACGUAAUGAGAGAAGUACCUCCGGUGCUGUAGCUUCGUACUGUACCAUUCAAGAGCCUACAACACCCUUUGGGUCCAAUAGAGUAGGACAGACGGUGCAGAAAAAGAAAUCUGAAUUUUGA